ACGGGUCUCUGGGACAUGCAGGAAGAACAGCUGAGGGCCAGCCCUUCCUGUGUGACCCUAGUGCUUCUUCCCCAGAAAGGUGUGUUCCAGCUCUCCAAUGAGGACUACUUCAUUGAGCCCCUGGAUGGUGCCCCGGCCCGGCCUGGCCACGCCCAGCCCCAUGUGGUGUACAAGCGUCAGGUCCCGGAGAGGUUGGCACAAUGGGGUGAUUCCAGUACUCCAAGCACCUGUGGGGUGCAAGUGUCCCCGGAGCUGGAGCCUCGACGGGAGCGUUGGGAGCAGCGGCAGCAGUGGCAGCAGCCACGGCUAAGGCGUCUACACCAGCGGUCGGUCAGCAAAGAGAAGUGGGUGGAGACCCUGGUGGUAGCUGAUGCCAAAAUGGUGGAGUACCACGGACAGCCGCAGGUUGAGAGCUAUGUGCUGACCAUCAUGAACAUGGUGAGUCUGUGUGGGCCAGGAGUGGGUGGAGGGGAUAGUGUUGGGGGAUGGGGGUGCAAAGAGUGGGUGCAGGGCAGGAAGGCUGGCAGGCUGGACCCCAGACCCAGGUCCAGGCCCCGAGCAGGAAGAAGGGUAUCCAAGCUCCUGAGGCAGGAAGGGGUGGGGGUCUUGGCAGCAAGUCACCAUGAGAGAGCCUGGACAGAGGCUGCUGUGGGGACACCACAGGGUGUCAUGCCACCGGGAGGGGGAGCGGGAGCGGGAGACUGAGGCUGCCACAACUCU